GUUUUAUUAUUAUUAAAUUUGAAAUCCACGUUAAUCUGCUUUUAAUCAAAAGACCAAACACACGUCUAGGCAUUGCACGUUGUUGAAAACAUGUCAAAAAGGACUGAUUACGAGAACUAAAUACGCAAAAAUAUCAAUAAUGACAGUUCUAUGUUUGUAUUUAAGCGUAUUAAUCACAAUAGCUAAUUUAAAUUCUGUGAGACCGGAUAACUCUAUCGGGGAUACGAACACCACUGCUAUGGAUGAAGGAGAAACUACUAGAGUAACGUAUCCUCCGUUGUCUCAAUGGAGCUUCGAUGUCCACUGUAAAUUCCAACCGGAUUCAUAUGAAUGUUCAAAGCCUGACCGAUUUAUUGACAGGUGGUACUACGAUGUUAAAUUGGAAGAUUGCAAGGCUUUUAAACACUACCGAUGCAAAUCCAACAAUAGGAAUAUUUUUAAAACUUACAAUGAAUGCAGAGAAUACUGUCGAGACCCUGGCCCGCAUCCGAUAGAAGAUGUAUUGCCUGAAAAUGCAGCAUGCCACCUGCAACCAGAUUUUGGAGAUUGUCAAGAUUAUAUUCCGAUGUUCUACUUCGAUAUAUCAGUUAAGAGAUGCUUGGGUUUUGCGUUUAGCGGCUGCGGAGGCAACCAGAACCGAUUCUACAACGACAAAACAUGUGCAGCCGUGUGUAAUGAAGCCAUUGACAACACCGUUGAUUAAACUAUGUUAUGUUA